GGCAUGUCAUGGCAAAGGAUUUCAAUACUAAUUAAAUUAUUUUGAAUCUUAUCUCAAUAAGUUUAGAAUUUACGUUACCUUAUUUUGAUACCACGAUGCCGCGACGUGCCGCAGGAUGCCGCGGCAUGACGCGACACGCCGCAGGAUGCGGCGGUAUGACGUGACUUGCCUUUUCAUUCCACGGGAUUCCGCGGCACGCCAUUGCAUCCCGUGAGACAUAUGGGUCAUUUUUGGAUCGAGGAAUUAUGAUUGCUAGCUAGUUGAAAUAAGGUUGAAACUUGUGCAGCAUUUCGAUGGGGCGCAUUCCGGUCGGUGCGCGGGGGCAAGGGAGGGAGAAAACGCACUGGCGCGCGCGAUUUUUUCUCUCACACUGACUGAGCGUGGCAAGUAAUUAGCACGUGCGUACGCGAUACAGUAAAUUACUUCACGUAAAAUACGGGAAAAUGGAUGAAGAGAAAUUGAUUAAUCUGGUUCGUUCGCAUGAGUGUAUAUACGAUGUCUCCUCUCGUUUCUACAUGGAUCAACAUAUGAAAAGGAACGCAUGGCAGAAAAUUGCAGAAGAAAUGAAUACAACACAUGAAGAAUGUCAGAAGGCAUGGAGCUGCCUUCGUAACAAUUAUAGAAAAGCCUUAAAAAACAGGGUGUCCAAAAGCGGUGACGCUGCCAAAAAGAGGCGACCAAUUAAAUUUGAAAAGGAACUUGAAUUUCUGCAAAAGUUUUUUCAAGAUAGACCUCAGCUCUCAAAUUUAGACUCUUCUUCCGACGAUACACAGCUUUCCGAAGAUACGCAGAAUAUCGAAAAUACACAACCUCCCAAUAUAGCAUCAACUGUUAAUUUUCCUGAAGCACAAUCGCCUGUAUCUCAAAUGUCGUGUUCAUCCCAUGCAUCAGAUUCUAGACCAGCUAGACAUGUUCGUCAGCGAUCAUACAUGUCAUCGCAAACACAGUAUACAGAAACAACAGCAGAAAUAUUAAAAAAAUACAUUGAAAACCAAAAGAAGGAACAACAUCCUAUGGAGAUAUUUUUUCAAGCAAUGGCGGCAACAGCGAAGACUUUGUCACCAAAAUUACAAGCUGAAAUAAAACGCGAUGUUUUACGUAUUGUUACUGAUGCAGAAAUAAAGCAUUUGGAAAAUGUGGAGUUAAGUUCAGUUGUGCAGCGAAGUCGUCCUUCGACAUCAAGUUCAGGAUUCGAUAUUUCAAAUGAAUUUCAUUCAUCUCAGCAAUACGCACCAACUUCUGUUGCCAGAACCCAUAAUACAACUAUCGAAAGAAGAAAUCCUUUACACAAUUUUUCUUCAUUUAAUAAGCCCGAACAACAAUAUAACUCCGAACCAAACUAUGGUACUACUCAUAUAGAAUACAUACCUACUCCUAUAUCCAGACAUCAAAAUAAUAGUGAUAUAUAUGACAAUAACUCCAAUAUUCAAUUGCCGGAUUAUGAAAACUAAAUUUUUUAUAAUACUUUCGCUUUUUAUCAUACUGUACUGUACAGUGUUAUAAUAUAGAAUGUCGGCCGCAGACUAUGGAACAAAACGUGGGUUAAGCCGAAAAAUAGCUUAAGCGUGGCCCCACUUUUGCCUUCCAAAGCGUUGUCUUGUAGGUUGAGUAGUCUGUGGCCCCAUCGCAUGCAAUAUGUAAUAUGCACUAACCUUAGACAUACAGACAAUCUCUCUGUAACAGGUAUAGGCGAUCGAAAAUUAGUUUUGAUUUUCUUUAUAUGCGAUUUUAGCAAAUCACUUAACUUUUCAAAUUUUUCAUAGUCCAUUCUGUAAUAAUCAUAGAAUUUUCGGAUGUCGUAUCUCAAAUCAUUAAAUAAGUUGCUGAAUUCACCAUUUGUAGAUCUUGUUCUCCAUAAAUUAUGCACCCAGAGUUGUCUGUUCGUCAAAUUAGCAGUUCUUAUUUGUCUCUCUUCAUCUUCAGCUAGAAGUGCUAUUAAUACUAAAUCCCAGUCAACCAUAACGACACAACAAAAUGUUCUUUUGCGACACAACCAACUUCGAAUA